GCCCAGUCAGAGAGAUGAAGGGGAAAGGGGGCAGGGGACUGUCAUCCAAAGUCUGGCGGGCUACCUCUGUCCAACCUCAUGCCUUCUCUCCUCUCCACUUUUCUCCCCCACCCUUUCUCGGUCCCGUCAGCCAUCUCUCAUCCCUCACCACCCCCACCCACUCCAUCUCUCCCUUCUACCCUCCCUGCCUCUUCCCUUCACAUUUCCGGGUUGUCUCUCUCUUCCUCUGCUGCCUUCCAAGUAACCCCUCUUCCCACCUUCCCCCACCUUCUCCCUGCCACAUUCUCUCCCUCCUAACUUCUCUUCCCUCUCUUUUUUCUUUGUCCCCACCCCUUCCUGCCCCCACCAGCACCUUCUGUCUUCUCCCCCCCACCUUCUCUCUUCUCCCACCCUCCAUGUCACCCCCCACCCUCUGUCUUCACCCCUCUCCCCAUACCUUCCCUUUACUCCUUGCUCUUUCCCCAAUUUUCUCUUCCCUCAGACCCUCUCUGUCUGACCCUCGCUGUCUGUCUACCGAUCCCCCAUCCCCCCACCCUCUUCUGACCCUCCCUCUCUCCCACACUCUUUCUCUCCUGCCCUUCCCUGGGGCCCCUCUCUUUUUCCUCCCUUUCUCCUCUGCCUUUUUUUCCCACCUCCUCACCGCCCCCUCCUCUCUCUUCCUUGCCCCUCCUCUCCGUCCCUCUUCUCACCCACAUUCACCCUCCUACAUAUCCUGCUUCUCCACUUCCCUGCCUUUCCCUGCCCUUCUUACUGAUCCCUCAUUUGCCUCUCUCCACUUCCUCCUCCCUCUCUUUUCCCACCCCUUUCCCUCCCAUCUCCUCCCCAGCACCUCUUCCUCUCUUACCUCCUGGCCAGCUCUCUCUCUCUCUCUCUCUCUCUCUCUCUCUCUCUCUCUCUCUGUCUCCCUCCCCCAACUCCCGUUCACUGUCGAAACCCUUCUUCUCACACCCCUCCCAUUGCUUCCUCAGAGCCCUCUCCCACUGCCAUUGCCGGGGCCUCUGGACUUUCUACCAAUGUCACCAGUGCACCGUCCACCAUCGCCACCUCCUUUGCUCAGUAAAAGUAGUGUAGCCGGUGAGACUGGCUUUUAUUCAGAGCAGUCUAAGGUCACAGAGGCCACACAAGGAGUGUGGUCCCCCAGGGAAGAAGAAACCUUUGAAGAGUGGUCCCUGAGAGGGCCUUGGGAGGAGCUCCCGCCAUCGCUGGGGGAGGGGGUGGGGCACAGGCUCACCAUCUCAAGGGAGGGGCUCACCUUCCAGCACCUGCACGGAGGGGGUGGAUUCUAGGCUGUUUCUUCUUCUAGCUCCAAUGUUCUCGAACCUUACAUUUUUUUGUUUAUAAAUAUAGCGACUGUGUUAUAGGAUUUAGAAAAUAAGAAGCAGGAGAAUUUGAGUUGGUGACCCAUACUGUACUCCGAUACAACCACUGCCAUUUUAUUUUGGUGUGGGUCUUUUUCGGCUUUUUGCUAUGUACUUGUAGCUAUAUGUGCAUGGAUUGUAAUAAAUAUAAUUGUAUGGCCUGGUGUUUAUUUACCUUCAUAGUCAUCUUCGAAGCCAGUAUUUUUAGUUGCUGAAUAUCUGACUUCAGGAUCUCGAUUUAUGUCACCAUUUCCCUGUCAACUGAGGAUUUAUGUUGUUUCCAUAAUCUUGAUAUUAUAAAUAGGGAUGUGACGGACAUAAUUUUCCUUUUUGUCCUUUAAGGAAUUCAGGUUGUAGGCAGGGUGACGUUUUAUGUCCAUUCUUUAUUUCCAUUACCCUUUGAAUGACUAGAAUGGCCGAUGAUGAUGAUAACGAAGAGGACUUGAGUCCAUGGGGAUUAGUGCAUGUGGAUCGGUGGGGUGCUUGCUGUCCCUGUGCUUGCUUUCAGUUUUAGUUCAAGAAACUAUGUGCUCUGCUCAUAUGGCUUCUUAUCCCUUCUCUACUAUAUGUGCUUCCACCCGUGUGUGUGUGUGUGUGUGUGUGUGUGUGUGUGUGAGAGAGAGAGAGAGAGAGAGAGACAGAGAGAGAGACAGAGAGAGAGACAGAGAUGGGAGAGGUGGGAGGGAGACACCUCUGAAGGAGACUGCUGCGAGGCUUUCAUAGUCCACAGCACUGUACCCUUUCCAGUGUACCAUUUUGAGGUGAUUAAUCCUGGUUUAGCAUUCAAGUGUGAGAUUAGGGUACACACAGUGAAAGGUGAAACGCUUGGGAGUUUGGUUCCUUCUCUUUCUUUUCCCCUUCCCUUCCUCCUUUGACUUUGUGCCCUGGCUGGCAUUGAAAGGAACUUUGUUUCCCAGAACCUUAUGGAAAACUGUGUCCUGCAGGCCCUGGGUCCUCAAGGUGACUUUAUAUUUCUCUGGGAUAUGGGUCUAAGUCCCGUGCUGACGAAGGAAAUAUCGUGGCUGUAAUGACCCCUUUGUGGUUUCUGAGCUUAGCUUUGUGUCAUUGUCAUAAGCUCCCCUAAAAAUAUUAUGCUUUUAGCUUCAAACAGUGCAAGGUAAGGCUGGUUAGAACCCCAGGAUCCAGGCUAGAAGAACCAUCUCAAAGCCUUGCCUUCAUGAUGCAUCAGUUUCGUUAACGAACAGCAUUGUGCUAAGUAUGUAUUCCUCAGCCGGCAAGUAUAUGCCAUAUGUCAGCUCAUGUACCUGGCAAAAAAUGAGUUGAGUAUUUAUGAUGCCCUCUCAGGGGCAAGUUUCUGUGAAAGUUCUAAACUUCAUAACAGUACAUGUUGGUGAGAGAGCAUUGAUGACUACCCUGUACCACACACUUUCUCCCUUUGUUACAUUUUCAGAUUGUGAACAUAAACCAGCCCGUACUGGUAGAAUAAACAAGACAGUUGACUCAAUAUUGCCAUAUACUGGAAUUCAAUUAAAUUCUACAAGUGUUUAUUGAGUGCCUGUUAAGUGUAAGAUUCGAUAACCAGAGGAACUCAGAGAUAUCUAAAGUUCCACUCAGUGACACAUUUUAGUUAACUUUCAUUUCCCUUAGUGGGAGGGAGCCUGUGAUGUGAUUAUUUCAUGAACCACACAAUGAAAUCAGCAGUUAAACCAAAGGCUGUUGGUUUGAAGAGAGUCUCUUUAUCCAGAAAGAGGAAAGGUGUUAAUUUGAGGAACACGCAUCAAGUUAGAAGACAACUUUCUGAGAUCUGGUGGUGUUUAGUCGGUCUCUGAACCUCCCUCCACCCUGGAGGUCUAGAGAGAAACCAGAUAGAGCAGCGUUUCUCAAAUGAGUAAUGUGGAAGGCCCCUUGACAGGGAAAGUGGUUUCCAAGAAUUCCUAUUUUGUCUUAAAUGUUUGAACGUGUUUGUUAGCUUUCAUUUAUUUAUUGCUUAUUGUGGUCAACUAUGAGUGACAUAAAAUUGACCAUUUUUACCAUUCUAGUGUAUAGUUCAGUGGCAUUAAGUGCAUUCACAUUGUUGUACAACUGUCACCACCGUCCUUCUCCAGAGCUUUUUAAUCUUCCCCACCUGAAACUCCAUGCUUCUUAAACACUAACUCCCCCUACCUCCCCCUCCUCCAGCCCUGGCAACCACUAUUCUCCUUUCUGUGUCUGUGAUUUUGACCCACUACAGGUACUUCAUGUAAAUGGAAUCAUCCAGUAUUGGUCCUUUUGUGACUGGCUUAUUUCAUUUGGUGUAAGGUCUUCAGGGUUCAUCCAUGUUGUAGCCAUGUGUCAGAAUUUCCUUCCUUUUUAAUUGCCUUAAACUUUUUAAUGACGACAGUACUGGAAAAUCCAGGCACUUAGCUAGAUAUAAGCUCCUUUUGGCUUUUAGCUCAUUUGUAAGUAUAAACCUGGCACAGAUUUGCAAAUUAAGUAUAAAUUAACCCAGUAGAGCUGAAAUCAACACUAAUAGGAGACACGAUGGUUCGUUUCAGAAAUGACGUUGUUGCUGGUGAUGUGACACGGUCACAUCUGCUUAAAGUGGCACGGUCUUUUGAGUUCACUUGCGUCUCCCUUCUCUUUUGUCUUUUCACACUAUGGUGAGAAUCCGUCCUCCAUACAGGCCUUUUCACUUUGCGCGAUGCCUUCAAAGCAGUUCGGAAAGUGAUAAGGUAUUUGAUACACACAAGACUAUAUGUAAUGUGGGUGGUGUCAAGAGUCAUUAUAAAAUAGAUACUCAGAACCCAUUCUCUCAAGUGCACUCUGGCUCAGUCCUCUGUCCCUGCCUUCUCUGGAGGAGAAGACCAUCAUGGGUCUGGUUUUUGUUGUGUUUUUUUUUUUAAAGUAGGCUCUGUAGAGCCCAGUGAGGAGCCUACUUAAAAAAAAAAAAAAAAAAGCCCAAUGCCGGGCUUGAACUCAUGACCCUGAGAUCAAGAGUCAGACGCUUAACCGACUGAGCCGCCCAGGCUCAUGGACAUCAUGGGUCAUCAUGGGUCUUUUUAAAAACAUCAUCAUUCCCUUCUUCUUUAACAAAUAGUUUUAGCAUUUCCACAUACAUCUCCUAAAAACAUGUUGUCUGGUUUUGCUUGGUUUUAGUUUUUUUUAAACUGGCACCAAACUGCACAGAGACUUGUGAUUUGCUUGUUGUCUCUCAUUUUAUAGUUUGUGUAUUUAUUAUUGUAUAUUUAUCCUUUCUCCUAGUGGUGGACUUUUCAUCGCUUCCAGUGUUUUGCUACUAUGAAUGGACUUCCUAUCACCAUUUAAUAGAUGUCUCUAGGUACACGUGUAAAAUAUGUUUUUUAAAGGCGUAUAGCAAGGAGUGAUUUUGCUGGCUUUCAAGUUGCUGGAUUUCCGAAGUGGUUGUACCAGAAUAUUCUCCCAGUGAAUGAGUGGAUGAACAAACUAAUGAAUGAAGAAGAGAACAUAUUUAUUGAAGGAGAGAGUAUAUGAGCUUUAGAAGAGAACGCCACAUUGGUUUUCAAAGUGUGUCAUCUCAGAGUGUAAACAUUUCUGCUGUUCCCGUGUCCACUGACGUUUGGUAUCCCAGAUAUAUUAGGGCUUAGGCUAAAUGGCUGUCACAGAGACCCCAAGAUAGCAUAGCUGUCUAUUUUCCUCUCGGGCGACUGCCUGCUGACCCCAGGACUGUUGAGGAUGAGUGAAUGGCUUUGCUCUGUAGGGUCAUCGGGGUCAGGUUCCUUCUGUCUUGUUGCCCUCUCCACCUUUCGUAGGGUGUUACCUUUGUGGCGUGGUAGGAGCUGGUUCACCUUCCCUGGUCUGCCUUCCGGCCCAGGGCCCCAGGCGAGAGGAAGGUGGAGGGCGAGCAGCUCCUCUCUUUAAAGGACGUGACUUGGAAACUGUCAUUCCCCAGCACAGCCCAUUGGUGAGAAUUUAGCUACAGUCUCAGCCCUAGCAGCAGGUGGGUCUGGGGGAUGUGAUUUCCACCUGGCCGGCCGCGUGCCCCCCACACACCGGGGGUGGGGGUAUUAAUUUCUUAUUCCUGCUGUAACAAAUGACCACAAACUUAAUGGCUUAAAAUGACACAGAAUUGUUGUCUUCUAGUUCGGGAGGUCAGGAGUCCACGAUGGGUCGGCAGGGUUGCAUUCCUUCCACAGGCUAUAGGGCAGGAUCUGACCCCUGCCUUUUGUAGCUUGUGGGGGCCGCUACACUCCUUAGCUAAUGGUCCCUUCCUCACCUCAGUCCAACCCCCUCCUCUGUCCUCACAUCCUCUCUGGCUCAUCUGCUUUCCUCUUCCAUGUUUUAAGGCCCUUGUGAUGACGCUGGGCCCACCCAGGUAAUCCAGGAUAAUCUCCCCAUCUCAAGGUCCUCAGCUUCAUCUCACCUGCAGAGUCCUCUCUGCUUGGUUAGGUAACAUAUUCACAGGUCCUGGGAAUUAGCAUAGGGACACGUUUGGGGGUGCCAUUACUCUACUGUGGAAGGAGGGAAGGGUUCUGUUUCUCAAACGAAGAAGGGGAUACUGGGAGGUACUCAUCAGUCUCUGCUGCAUCAUAUGGCCGCACUUUUGCCAAUCUCAUGGCUGUGGGUGAAUUUUGAAAGUAUUAAAUCGUCAGAGCUGGUGAACUUUCUGAAGACGGGAUUUCAUUCUCUUACCUUGUGAUUCCCAGGGUUCACGUGUCUAAAUAACGACAAAAGCAAACCGUAUAUUGGAGGUCUACUUUUUUCCUCACGAGUGUCCAUGCCCUCCGUCUGUCUUCCGUUUGCCGCAUUCCUUUUGUGAAGGCCAUUUCCAACCGCUGGCCUGCUUGUAGUUUCCUCAGGGAAGCCCACGGAGCAGCUGCCAUCGCUAGGAUUAAAUACAUGGUGUGUAUUAGGAGCGUGGCACAGAGUAGGGGCUCAGAUGAGUUACCAAUAAACAGCCAAAAAGGCCCCACUAGCACACUGUGCCAGAGCCCUCAGAUAUGUGAGACCCCCUCAUACAUUCUGUGCAUGUGGUAGGUGCACUGAUCAUACUCCCCUAUCCCACUAGCUUUGGGUCCCCCAGCUUUUGCGUCCCAUCUGUUUUCUGUGUGUGUGUGUGUGUGUGUGUGUGUGUGUGUAUGAAAGAGAGACAGAUAGAGACACAUGGAUUUUUUGGGGGUGUGUUUUAUAGACUGAAUGUUUGUGUCCCCACAAAGUUAGUAUGUUGAAACCCUAAUCUCCAAUGCGAUGGUAUUUGGAGGUCAGACUUUUUAAAAAUAAAUGUUUAUUUAUUUUAGAAAGAUUGAGAGAGAGAGAGUGAAUGUGAGCGGGGAAGGGGCAGAGAGAGAGCAUGACAGAGGAUCUGAAGCAGGCUCUGCACUGACAGCACUGAGCCCGGUCUGGGGUUCGAACUCACAAACCAAACUGUGAGAUCAUGACUUGAACCAAAGUUGGACACUCAACCAACUGAGCCACCCAGGCACCCCUGGAGGUGGGACUUUUGGGAGGUAAUUAGGUUAUGAGAGUGGAACCCUCGUGAGGGAGUGAGUGCCCUUAUCAGAAGAGACCGAAAAGACCUUGCUUUCUCCCCCUCCCCCUCCCUCUCCCCCAGACACUGUAUAUGGAUGCCAGGAAGACGGUUCUCACCAGAACCUGAUGUGCUGGCACAGUGAUCUUGGACUUCCAGCCUGAAGAACCGUAAGGAGUAAAUGUUUGUUGUUGAAGUUACCCAGUGUCUGGUGUUCUGGUUAGAGCAGCCCAUGCCAACUAAGACAGCAUGGAAGAGAGCGGUGAACGUGAGAACUCUGGUGUAUCUGUCAGUCCCGGACUUUGUCUUUGGUGGAAGACUGCAAAUGUUUACAGCAGUGUUGAUAAGACACAGAAGUUUUGGAAUAAAACUCAGAAGGAUCUGAAAUUAUACAUUUAUUCCUUCUAUCAGAACGGCACUUGUUGGGAUGAGCACUGUUGUAUGGAAACCAGUUUGACAAUAAAUUAUAUUAAAAAAGAAAUAAAAUAAGAAGAAUUCAGCCAUUUAUAUGAAGAAAAAAAAGGAAUGUAGAAAUAAUAUGAAAACAAAUGCCUCCAAUGAAUUCACAAUGUCUUAAAAUGGUGUGCUGAACUGAGUUGCCUGGACUGAGGUUGGGUGCUGGGAACACUGGGCUUCUGAGUAGUAUGGUUGUAGAGAGGGUCUGUACUAUAGAUGGUGUUCUGGAAAUUCAGUGUAGAAAAUGAUCUUAAGAUUGUUAGGAGCUGUGAGAGCCACAUCAGAAUCUCAUCGUGGCCUGUGGUGUUUUACAAAUCUCAAAUUGCUACUGUUUGGGAAUCUGGUUGAUAUUUCCAUAACAUCUCAGAUCCCUAGCUGCUCUUAGAGCCCAGGUCUUCUGGUAUCCUUGGGCUGGCGUUCCUCCUUGGCUGCAGUUGUGGCAGCUCUGUUCAGGUGGGUGAACAUGUGAAUUUGGUUUGCCAUGCUCCCCACCACUCCCUGUUGCCUCCCAGACAUGAGCUGCAAUUGGAAGUCAGUUGCUGGAGAUAAUCAGGCUUAUUAUGCUGUUGUUCCUGGAUCUUCUUAACUUUUUGGGUGUCCUGACUACCCGAGUAGACCAUUGAGUUGGCUUUCAAACACCCCUAACCUCAACACUGUGAAUUCUCUCCUGAAAUUACAAUAACAUUUUGCUCUCCUUGCUGGGGGCUGGAUCAUUCUUUCAGAGAUAGUUGCCGAAAACUUGCAGGUCACAGGGAUUGUGUGAACCUCUAGGUAGAACCGCUAUUUAAUGACUGACUCCAGGUCACUCUCCUUUGAAUGUUCCUGUCACAACUAGCAGGGUUGGUACGUUGUUUUUCGUCUGAUAACCUUGGUCCCACCAUGUCUCUGCCUGGCCCAUGAGUGAGAAAUGCGAAUAGUUUCCAGUAUCCCAGGCUCUUCCCAUUCACCUGAGCUGUAAUUUGAGCACCACAACACCACCAGUGCCUGCUGCACUUUCUUUAGGCUUGGGUCUCGUCAUUGACCUUGGUGCUGACGUGUGUGUUGGCUCUAUGCUGGCUGUGCCUUGGGAGCUGGUGUUUUAAAAUAGAUUGUCCUGUCAAGAGCACCCAGGUGGUGGACCUUCAGUGGUAGGGAGAGCUAUUUAAAGGCGUAGCAUGACUGGAGAGUUCUGAACCAACCCAAUGAGGGAUGUCUUUCAGGGGCCAGAUGUAGAUAGUGAGACCAGGGCCAGUUUGGGGAAUGCUGUGGGAAAGCAAGUUUCUCCACUCUGAGAGGAGGCAGGGGUGGCGGUGGGGAGCAGUAGGGAGGAACAGGGAGGUGGAGUGGGCUCUCAUCUGAUUUCUGUGCUAACUCGGGUCCUCCCCAUCUCCCCACAACUGGAAAGCUUCUUUCAGGAAUGUUUUUUUCUUUGGCUAUCCAUUGCUUCCUUCAGAUAACGGAGGGCUAAGUCAAUAGUGUGUCAAAUUUUUGUGCACCCAUUAUUGGAUAUAAGGUAGGGAAACCUUUCUGCGGUGAUGACUUAGGAGUCUAUGGUACUCAUUAGUCUUUAGCUGGCUCCAACAGCACCAUUCUGGGCACUUCCCCAUGGCCCCCCUGCUCUCCCUGGGCUCUGCUAAGUCUUUGCCUUAUUGUCCUUCCAUAUUGUCCUAAGCUCUGUCCUGUGAAAUCCUGGCCUUCAGCCUGGAGCUGAUGAGUUCUUGCUUAGGACGUAGAAGGGAAUAGCAUGUUCGGCUAAAAUAAUUCAUGCAUGCUACAGUCGUGUUUUAACUUUCCUGGGUCAAUAGUUAUGAAUGAGAAGAAACCACCAAUUGAGGAUGAGUUACUGAUUUGUGAGGGGGGGAUCAUGAGAUGUCUUAUUUAUCUUUGCUUUACUUGGUCUGCUGGAAAAAUGUAAGGAAAUCCGAUUUGUUGUAGCCACACUUCAUUCCAUCUUCCUCUUCCUCCCUCUCCACUGCUAACUCGGAUGUGGAUACCUCCUAAUGCACAGGAGAAGGGUCACUGCUUGAGGAGAGGGCACUGGGCACGUGCUGGCUCAGGAAGCCCCACCAGGUACUGCAGGGACCCCACAAAUCAUGCUCCGUGGACUGUAGUUCCUUUGGCUCCAAGGCAAAGAGCACGGUCGUCUUCUCCACACUGGUGUCCCUGUAUCUGGCACGGUAUCGCAGCCAGAAUGAGCAGCUAAAGAAAAAUAUUUGUUGAAUGAGUGAAAACAACAUAUGAUGUAUGACUGUAAAGCCAGAGUCUCUUUCCCCAAACGGGGCCGGAAAUUGGUAUCUAAUGGUAUCGCAUAGUCACAUCUCCUUCGCGCAUCGCAGACAGACAGGUCAGGAGCAGCUGAGAAAGCCAGUGCUGCUCAGCCUUCCCUACUCUCGGCCCAGUCAUUUUGUAAGGUAGAGUCACACGUUUGGAUGUAUUUCUGUUUUGGAAGAUCCAAAGAAAUAAGCAAAAAUGAUCCAUGGUGCGAUCCAUAGGAGAAUUUUGGCUGCACGGCAGCAUUUGUGCCCCGACCACUUAUACUGUACAUUCAAGAAUCUUCCUGUGGCCCUUGAUUAGCCAUUAUCGGGCAUCUCUUUGCAUUGAACUUGAGAAAAGAGCAAUGAUUGGUUGGUUCGGGGCGCCCUGUGUCAGUAGGGCAGCCGGCACACUGGCUUACUUUACCGUCUCCCAAGUUUCCUUGCUGUGAGUCUGCCACAGAAGAAAUCUACCUUUUCUUAGUUGUGGCCAGCGUUCGGGCUUGCCACACUUCCUCCUGGGGACGCAAAGAAGUGCACGCCUGUGCCCUGUGCUGUGCACAGGAGAUUUGAGAUAAGGGAGCCUGUGUGCUCCUUUCUGCAGGCUGCCUCUCACCCUGCAUUUAGGGAAGUGUCGCUGGCCUGCUGUGUGCCCUGCAACGGGAUGUUUUUCUUCUCUUUUCCUCUUGCUGUACGUUAUCUUUAGCCUGAAGCAGUCCCUGGUGUUUUGCUUCAGGAUUUUCUUUGUCCCUAGGGAGUAAUUGCUUAGAAAAUGCCCUCUUGUCAGAAACUCAAAGUCUCCAAUACCAUGAUUUGGUAGCAGAAACUCUUCUGUCAUUUGGCUUAAUGUUUUAAGUGUUGCUAAUGGCCAAGAGCUGGCAGCGUGAUGGUGGGUCCCUUUGGAAGCCAGUUGGGCCAAUUGGACCGUCGGCUGUCCACUUUUGUCAGUGUGGGAAUGCUCACUUGGGGACCAGCCCACUUACCAGAGGCACUCCGAUCUUUUAAUGCUUUCGUGCUUUGGAGAAUUAUAGGAGCCAUAUGCUGCUUCACAGGUAAGCAAGACUUGCUAAAAAUAGAGCUUAAAUGGCCCACUGUUGUGGCAUUGGAAAUAAUGGCUUUUUAUUUUUAGGCCAGCCUUUGUUAGCCCUCACUCCUCUCAAGCUUGGGUAAUAGGAAUCACAGAGCAAGACUUUUGUCAGUUGGACACUGUUAGAGUUUGAACCCUCACUCCCAGCCAGUUGGAAAGAGAAUCCAAAUCUCUUGAAACAUGGAGUGCUGACCGCCCUGUCACUCCGCUUCUUCACCCCCACCCUCUAUUCAGGAGGAUCCUGUGUCACUGCGCGUUAAGGGUGCUCAGCACACACACAGAAAAUACGUUCAGAAGAGUGAGUUGUGCCUCUCUGUGGGUGUCUGGCGCUGGCCAAACGAAUAAUCAGAACAGAUUAUCACAUACAUACCAGCUCUGAGGCCACCGAAGAACAACACGGAGACUCAGACCCACGUACUUUGGGGUUGGGGUGGUCCGAAAUGGAAGUUGUUCUCACCAUACUGAGUUGCAGAGUGAUGCAGUCAAUGAUAGGUAAGAACAGGCUUAACUUCCAUUGCUCAUUUCAUAAGUAAUAAUCUCAUUUUACUAUCCCCAUUCUUGCCCACCUUCAGUUACAGAAAUAACUCUGAGUGGGUUUUCUUUUUAAAGAUCUGUGUCAAGCAAAUACCUCAUAAAAAUGGCACAGGCAAAGUGUUCUAUUUAGAAUUGCCCUGUGACACAAACCCACGUGUGUUUUCUGUCCCCGGGCCCCGGGUUCUUUAGAGGUAAGGCCUAAAGGAAUGGAGGCCAGUGGCCUUCAGGGGAGGCAAGUGUUGCGGACUUUGCGCAGAUAGUUUUACUUAAGACUCACUCGUUUAUUAGGCCUGAAACAAGCUACCGUGGCACUUGACGGCCAGGUUUAUUUAUUUGGCAUUGCUGCCAUUGCAAAUGGCCACAGAAUUCGUGGCUUAGGACAGCACAAAUUUAUUGUCUCACUGUUCUUUAGGUCACAAGUCUGACGUGGGUCUCACUGGGUUAGAUUCGUGUUGACAGGGCUCUGCUCCUUUCUGGGAAACUCUAGGGAAAAUUAUAUUCCCUUGUCUUUUCCAGCAUCUAGAGACCAUUCAUAUUCCUUGGCUCAUGACCCCCCUCCUCCAUCUUCAAAGCCUGCAGCAGGGGGUCCUCUCCUCACAUCCCAUCACUCUGGCCUUCUCUUUGCCCCCAACUUAGACUUUUACGGAUCCUUAGGAUUACAUUAGGUCCACUGGGAUAAUUCAGGCUAAUCUCCCAAUUUUAAGGUCAGCUAAUUAGCCAGCUUAAUUUCACCUGCAACUUUACUGUCCCUUUGCCAGGUAUUCACAGGUUCCAGGGAUUAGGGUGUGGAUAUCUGAUGUAGGGGAGGCGGCACUGUUUCUGCCUCCCACACCAGGGAUGCUGUUUUCCUUUUUGUAAAUUCCAAUAAAACGAAUGUGCAGUGUUAUGUUAGUUUCAGGUGGGGACAUUGUUUUUCUUGCUCUCUGUGUGCGGUACGGCCGACGAGGCAGCCAUUUUGGCGGCAGCCUGUGUGGAAGACAACUUCCAUCUUUGCAGAGUUUGAGGAAGUUGAAAAGGAGGUUUCACUCAGCCCAGCGGGCUGUGAAGUUUGUCGGAUACCUUGUUGCUGUGUAGACUGUCCUGGAGUUUUGAUGAUCCCAGCUGAUACUCUCACUGAGGGCUACCCUCUCCCGGGGCGGCUGGGGUUUAGAGGUUGCACUGAAGGAGAGCCAGGAGUUGGGAUGGCUGGCAACAGCUGGGCUGACCAGCAAGAGGGGAAUGAGGAAGCAGGGGGAUGUGGACAGGAAAUGAGACGAGUCUGCCCCUUGGGAGGAAGAAAAUAGAAGACGGGCUUGAUUACAUCUGGCUCUAAAGAAAAUAAAAGCAUGGGCUUUCAUGAGUGCUUUGUGAUCGAUUCCACUGUUGAGUCAACUUGAAGACUCUGGGCUAAAUAAAUUCGUUGGGUCAGGUUUUGGACAUUCUGUGUACUCCAGCCCUUGCAAGCCCAGGGAGUUCAGUGUGGACUCUUGGUGUCUCAGGGGAGGCUUGCCACUGACCGAAUGGCCCUCUCUGGUGACAGUAACAGUCCAGCUGGAGACCUUGUCCCUGGAGGACUCUGCUCUGGGGGUGUAGACUUGAUCUGGCACAUGCUCACAGGGCCAUAAGCUCGUUCUCAGAAAUCCUAACCCAUUAUCUGUUGUGAACUGACCUAAAGUGGUUUGUCCUUUGAAGAAUUGUCAAAUUCUUUUGGGAAACAGUUGAUGGGAGCUUUGUGUGUUCUUUCCCACAGUCCCAUGACUAGGAGGUAUGUUGCAGGGAAAGCAAGUCUCAGACCAACUUUGGCCACUCAUUAAACAUUUGUUAGCAAGCAGGCUUAGAGAGAGCCCCGUCUGUACUUUUUGCUCUGCAAAGUUCCAGCUCUCUGCCCAAGUGAGGGAUAGUCAGGGAAGAUGUUGAUGGUGUUCCAGUGGCAGGAUUCCACUAGCCCCCAGGGAGGGGACAGGGCCCUUCUUUAAUCAUUGUCCAAGGGUCCUGAGAGAGCCCCUUUUCUAAAGAGGAUGGAUUGCUGCUAUUCCUAGAUUCUUUUGUGUGGUUCUUGCUAGGGUCGCGAUGCCAGCACGGUAUUUUCACCCAAUCCAGAGAGCAGGGAGCCAUUGCUCAUUUCCAUUAUGCCAGUUGACUAACUCUGCUGCAGAUGGGCUCUGAUUAGCCUUUCAAAUGCUGACCCACUAUCCCUGGAGUGUUCUUUUCUGAUUUGGGUACUUCAAAUGUGAACUGACCACCCUCAGGGUAAGGAUUAAUGAAUGUACAACUGUAUAUAUUGCACUAUUUUUAAAGGGUGGAUUGGUUUUUAAAACUUUUUUAAAUUUUUGGUUUUUCUCUUAAAUUUAAGGAAAAGAUGCAAAAUUAGUAUAGAGAGUUUCCAUACAUCCCUCACUCAGCUUCGCCCAAUGUUCACAUCUUACAUAAUCACAGUGCUGUUAUCACAACCAGGAAAUCAACAUGGUGUAAUACUGUUUACUAAAGAUCUUGUUUAAUUUCUUAAGUUUUUCCACUAAUGUCUUUUGUUGUUGUUGUUGUUGUUGUUGUUCUAGGAUCCUAUCCAGGAUCCCACAUUGCAUUUAGUUGUUAUUUCUCCUCAGUACCCUGUGUUCUAUGACAUUUGCUCAGUCUUUCCUUGUCCUUCAUGACCUUGACGCUUUUGAAGAGUAUUGAUCAGUAUUGUGUUGAAUGUCCUUCAGACUGGGUUUUUUCAUGAUUGGACUGAGGUUAUGCAUUUUUUAACGGUGGCAAAAAAAUAUAUAUAUAUACAUAUAUAUAUAUGCAUA